AUGACACCAACGACUGAGGGACCGCCUCGCCCCGAGGAGGGACGACGCAAUCGCAGGCCGAAAGCUUGUCGCACUUGUCGGGCAAGAAAAGUGCGCUGCGACUAUGGACAGCCUUGUAGUACAUGCGUGCGGCGCCAUCAUCCGCAGUUUUGCAGCUACGACAAGGCACCCGCUGCCGUCCAAGAGCCAUUGUACCCUAUCCUCGAGCGCCCAGCCUGCCGGAGCUCCUCUAAUAGUCUCGAGGGUCCUGACCCAGGCCUGCCGACGCCGGCGCAGAGCGGCACUAAUGACGCGGAAGGUCCGUCUAAUACUGCGCCAGAUGACCUGCUCGCCAUACUCGACCACAUGGCCGUUGGUGCAAUGGCGAGCUGCGAGACGGACACCGUCACUGGCCAAGUGACCUUUGUCGGCCGCCGUGCACACGCUACCUUCUUCCGCACGCUCCUGUCGUAUCUCCCCGAGCAGUCAAUUCCUCCUUCAGCUUCGGUCGAGGCCAUCUUUGGUCUGACCAAUCGUUCAGUCUCGCAGCCUUUUGUGUCGCUCUGGAACACCACCGCCCGCGUCACCAUCGGAGACAUUCUGCACUCUUUGCCCUCGCCCGAGGCUUGUUUGCGGUAUUAUCGCGCCUACCAGCAGACCUGUCAUCCAUUCUUCCCUGUGAUUCCAGACAUUGGAGCAUUCGAGCGCAACCUUUGCAUCGUGCUCGAGCGGCUCGUAGCAAAAGCAGACGAACCGUCGUCUUCUCCGACACAGACAGAGCUGGCCGCUCAUCUACCGCGUGCUGAGCUGGUCGGGUAUGCCUUGCUCUUUGCAGCCCUUGCGGCAGGCUGCCAAAGCUGCCUUGCUGCCGAAGGCGAUCACCAGCUCGCUCUUUACACCCGCGUGUUCGUGGCCUGCUCCUUCGAUUGUCUAGGCCUCGCCAACUUGUACGUCAGUCCUUCUUCAGAGACGAUCCAGGCCCUCUUGAUUCUCGCCAGUGUCAAUUGCAACGACGGCAAUCCCGGCGUCACCAUGAGCAUGCUCGGCAUGGCUGUCCAGCAAGCACAGGGUUUGGGCAUGCAUACAAGGCGCGAAUGCGCUUGCAGCUCACCCACCUGCGAGUGUCUCGAGACCUUGCACCCUUUGUGGAGAGCCAUUCUGAUUCUGGAUAGUAGACUGUCAAUGAUCUACGAUCGUGUCCCGGUGACCUCCUUUCCGGACGGCCACAGCCGCCUACAGUCCCUCAUUCGCGCUCAACGCCUUGAGUUCUGGGAUUGCCUAUUUGACUUGUACUGCCUACAAAUCCAAUGGCAGUCGCUCGGGGGCCACGACAACCGUGUAUUGACUCCAGGGGACGUCGUGGACUCGUACUUGGAGCAUAUCGCUCAAUUGGGGCAAAUUGCACGCAGCGACAAGUCAACUCUGUGCCGUCCCAGUUCAGUGCAGGCGACCAUUGAGCAACUUGUCUUCACCAUGCACCUGGACUUCUUUGCGGGUACACUGCAUCUUCAAGCUGCCGUAGCAGUGACGCGUUCAACUGAGGGACGACGGCACCACUUUCGCGACAUGGUUUCGAAAUUUUGCUCGGUCACCAGCGCCUAUCUCAAGCUCCGGCAGCUUUCACCCAUUUCCAAACUGUCCUGGGAGAUCAUUCGCGCUUUCAAGGCGUCUUCAAUACUCAUUGCGGCGUUUGAGGUCAUUCUACAUGAUAUUUUGUCCGGUCGCCUUCUCCGACAGUUGGCAGAAUUGAUGUCUGCGAGCUCGAAUCUCCGUUCAUGGAGAGAUGAGCCGGUGCCGUCGUCUUGUUUGGCGGGCGUCGAGACACUGGGUCGUUUGCUCCGAAUUCAAUAUGGUGUGCCUAUCGCGGUGGAUAUGGGAGUGGAUUCAGGCACGCUAACGGCACCAAUGACUUGUUGAGUUUCUUUUCGAUGAAAGAGCAUAGGGAGCGAUUGGCCCAGUCGAAAUUUA